AUGUGCGCACUUGCCGGAAUCUGUCUACAUGAUUUCCACCCGCACGUCAUUCUUUCUCCCCUAUAAUUCACCGUAUUUUGUCUCCCUGGCAGUUUUAGACACCACGAGACUCAACCUUACCAACAUACCAGAUCAUUUUGUAGUUAUGGCAUAUCUUACAGCAGAGGAGCUUGUGAAGCAUCCAGCAUAUCCCACAACUGAGUGGGAGCUUACCCCCACAAAAUCAGGGACACAGGCAGUGGCCCAGACCCGCCGCGGAGGGCCGAUCAAUCUGCACUAUGAAAUUCACGGCACUGGCCCCGUGAAGCUCGUCUGGAUUAUGGGCCUCAACGGGACAUUGAAGGACUGGCGACGCCAGACCAGAUACUUUGGGCACACGCAUGGGUCGCGAUACACCUGUCUGGUGUUUGACAAUCGCGGCGUCGGUCGCUCAGACAAGCCGGUCUGCUUCUACUCGACCUCGGAGAUGGCCCAGGACGUGGUCGACCUGGUCCACGCCUUGAAAUGGAUCGACCUGUCCAGCCCGGCCGAGCGAUCCAUCCAUGUUAUUGGCGCCAGCAUGGGCGGCAUGAUUGCCCAGGAGGUUGCGAUGCUCAUUCCCGACCGUCUAGCGAGUCUGACACUCAGCUGUACGGCGCCACGGCUGGUGCGGACAGGCCCGUUCGUGGAGAACCUGCGGCAGCGGGCGAACAUGUUCAUCCCUUGCCACAUCGAUGUGGAGCUGGAGCGGCUGGCAAAGAGCAUUUUUGCCGACGAGUUUCUUGCGGAGCCCGACACUGAAUACGAGGACCCGGCGAAGAACUUCCCAACCAAGCGCGAUCGCUUCGCCGCGGGAGUCCUCCACAAGCGAGCCAACACGGACGAGUACACCAAGAAGGGGUUCAUGCUGCAGAUUGUCGCUUGCUAUUUCCAUCACAAGUCGGCGGCACAGCUGAAGACGCUGGGCGACCGCGUGGGCAGAGACCGCAUCGCCGUGACGCAUGGCACCAAGGACAUGAUGUUGACGUUUCGGCACGGGGAGAUCUUGCGCCAGGAGAUCGGCGACGGGAUCACCUGGAAGGUGUUUGAGGGGAGUGGCCACAUGCUGGGGUGGGAGCGAGAGAAUGAGCUACACGCGUUGAUCGAGGAGUUGGUGAACCGGUGCAAUUAGAAGAUCAUGAUGAGCAUUUGAAGCGAUACACGAGAUGGCA